AUGAAACAAUUGUUGAAUAAUUUUGGAAAAGAUAGUGUGGCCGUCGGUCCUGAAUUUGCUAAAGAAAUGGAUAUAAUGAAAACAGAGUUGAAGGUUAGCUUUGCUGAUGUUGUUAAAGGUGAAUUUAAAAAUGAAAUAAAAUCCGUCAAUACCGAGGUCAUGAAUGUAAGUAGAAAAUUAGAUGAGGAGAGUGAGCGGAAAAAGAGAGAAAAUAAUAUAUUAGUAUUUGGUCUUAAGGAACAAGGUACAAUAAUUGAGGAAAAAAAUGUUGUAUUAAAAAUAUGUAAAGAAUUGUCAUGUGAUUUAAUUGAAAAUACUAAUGAUUUCAAAAUAAGUAGACUGGGAAUAAAAGGUGAGUCACCACGGCCUAUGUUGGUUGCUGUCAGAAAUAGCAAUACCAAAACUGCCAUCAUGAAAAAUUUGUUCAAAAUCAAAUCAUUUGAUUCUGAUUUGAAUAAAAUUAUAAUUAGACAUGAUUUGACACCCCAGCAAAGAUUGUCGUUGAAAAAAAUGAUUGAUAAGGCAAAGGAAAAACAGGCGAAUGACCAUGCGGGUUUUUAUACAGGGUCAAGGGAGAGCUGGGGGAAUGGAGAAUAG